AUGGGUUCUCAAUUGACGCCCGCGACAGCCCCUUGGGACAGGGUUCCAGCUCAGGAGCAGCUUUUCGUGUUAAUUACAGGCGCCAACAGCGGUAUCGGCCUUAGUAUCGGAGAACGACUUAUCGACGAAUUCCUCGCUACACGAUCCUUGCAGUCGCACCUCAUCCUCAUCCCUACCACACGAUCCAAAUCCAAGUCUUUACAAACGAUCAAGGCCCUCCGCGACUAUGCUCGGAAAGCUGCACAAUCUUCUACGGUGUUGCGAUCUCGGGCCGGAGGCUCACAUCGCUGGCAGGAUACUGUUGCGAGAGUCCAUGUGUUGAGCUUGCAGCUCGAUCUGUGCGACUUGCGCGGGGUGUACAAGUGCGCUCAUGCGCUGGUACGUGGACCGGUGAGCAACCCGGAGGGCUUGGAGGGCGAAUACCUCCGAAACGUACGGAUCCCGAGGUUGGAUACUGUGGUGUUCAAUGCUGCGUAUGGUGGCUGGUCAGGGGUCAACUACCCAAAGGCCGUGUGGACUAUCUUGACACAGGGUCUGGUGCAAUCUGUCACUUGGCCGAAUUACAAGAUGGCACUUCCUACAGCCCUUUUGAACGAGAAGCCCAAUUACAACUAUCCCAAGGAGCCACCCCUCGGCGAAGUAUUUACAGCAUGUGUCUUCGGUCAUUAUAUAUUAGCCCAUGAGCUCUUGCCCCUCCUUAGCCGUCGAUCCGAGUCCGAAACCCCAAGCCGUCUCAUCUGGUCAAGCAGUCUCGAGGCCAUCGGCCGCGUUCUUGACAUGUCCGACUUCCAGUGCUUCAACGGCAAAGGCCCGUACGAGUCCGCCAAACGAGUCACUGAUAUCAUUUCCCUUACUGCGUCUCUCCCUGCUGCGCUGCCGUCUUCCAGCCGUUUCUUCACGCCCGAUGACCCUGCUGAGGCUCGUGCAAAGCCCAUCCGACCGCGGAUGUAUCUCACCCACCCGGGCAUUGUUGCCAGCACCCUGUUCCCUGUCCCUUGGUUCCUCAUGUGGGCUUAUGAACUUGCCCUUGUGAUUAGUCGCUGGAUUGGUUCGCCGUGGCACAACACAGAUGCCUAUACCGGCGCCAAAUCACCUGUGUGGAUUACCCUACAGGAACAGUCUACGCUUGACGAGUUGGACGCUGAGCGUAUCAAGUGGGGCAGCAGCUCGAAUCGCCAUAUGCAGGUUAAAGUUAAGAAGUCGGAGGUCGAGGGCUGGGGCUGGGAGGGCAAGGUCGAAGAUGCGGCAGUCCUCGAGGCCGAUACUGCAGUUGGCGUGUUCAAAAAGACUGUUGGACGAAAGAAGGGAGCUGUAGACGUGACCAAGGAGGACAUUGUGAGGUUCGAAGAACUGGGUGCUGACUGCUGGAAAAAGAUGGAGAGUAUGCGAUUCGAAUGGGAGAACAUCCUUGGAGUUAAAAAGUCAUAG